AUGGAAAUAUCUUCUUCAGUUGGCAUCGAGUGCCUUUCGUUAACGGAUGAUCCGUUGGGCCUGAAAUUUUGGCGGUUAACUUUGAUGGCGUUCCUGAGGAUCCUUGUGUUGCUGGUCGUCGGUGUUGCGGCUGCUGGGGCGGACUGCGGUCCCAAGGGCGGCGUCUUCAAGUGUCGGGACGUUUGCGGAGAAGAGGUGCGGGACGCUGGCGGCUACGGACGUCGGGUGACGUUCGUCGGGAGUCGACAAAAGUUGAUGGGUCUCCUGGAGCUGGUGGCCUCAAACAUUGUUUCGCGAAUCGUUCGUUUGCUGAGUGAUUUUGUACUGCUGGGAAUCUUCCAAUUCGUCAAGAAGAAGUUUUUUCAAAUGGCGUUCCUGAGGCUGCUGGUGUUGCUGAUCGUCGGUGCGGCUGCUGCUGGUGCGGACUGCGGUCCCGAGGACGGCGUCUUCAAGUGUCGGGACGUUUGCGGAGAAGAGGUGCGGGACGCUGGCGGCUACGGACGUCGGGUGACGUUCGUCGGGUCGACGCUGUUCCUGGACUGCGUUCGUCAGGCGGAUCUCAAGCUUCCUGACGCUGGCGGCUACGGACGUCGGGUGACGUUCGUCGGGUCGACGCUGUUCCUGGACUGCGUUCGUCAGGCGGAUCUCAAGGAGGUGAAGCUGAUGUCGCCAACGGUCUGCGUCGGGCGUCGAGUCGACAUGGAUCGUGUCGUGACGCCCUGGAGGUGGUGCGAGGAAGUCGUGCCACCCGAGCCGGAAAUUUCGACGGCGGCAGUUCCGCCGGUGGUUGAUGAGCCUCGCCUAGUAGCGCCGACGGCCAACUUGGCGGUCGUCCACGUGCCGGCGAGCAAAACGCCGCUCGUGGCUCGGGCGCCACCCUCGACGCAGCAGAGCGUCGUAGUGGCCCCAGAGGUGCCGUACGUCAUCAGGGCACCAUCGUCGACGCCGGAGGUGACGGUCAACAUCAAACAUGGUGUUGCGCACGUCGAAGCGGACGUGGACCCGUGGACGGCCAUGGUUCUGGUCUUCAUGGGCCUUGGAGGUGCCGGGGCUACAACUUUGGCUGUCUUUUUGGUUUGGCUCGUCAAAUUCAUCAGGAACAAGUCAUCGUACAUGAGGGAACUGGUGCGGAUGCUGACGCCGGAGGAUCAGCAGGAUCCGGAAGCCCAACCAGUGGAGGAUCUGCUGGGGCUGGAAGAGGCGGAUAAGACCGUCGAAGAGAAGAAGGAAGAACAACUGGUCCUUGAGGACAAUAAUCCGUUUAAAGAGAUGUUGAACGCGUAAAUAUAAAAUCGCGUUAAAGAAAGAGAGUGCCAUUUUUCGUACCCGCGUUUUUAUAUGGGUAAAAAGGCAAUAAGAGAAAUUGUAAAAAGAA